AUGGCGUUCAUACAUGACGGGUCUGUGGAAUGUACUAAAUCGGAGCUAGAUAUUUUUGAUUUACCCCCGACGCAGACGAGUAUUGAAAAAUCGCUCUUUGUAGAAGUCCAACCUAUAGCGGCCUUGGCCGACAAUGCCCCGUUUGAGUUCUUCAUUUCAGGCAGUGGCGAAUAUUAUUACGACCUGAACAACACACUCUUGUAUAUCAAUUGCCGUAUUGUGAAGUCGGAUAAUACCACUAUUCCAGCUGAUGCCUGUGUUGGAUUGAUUAAUUACCCAAUCGCCACGCUUUUUUGUCAGACGGACGUGACACUCGGCGACAGACUUAUUUCGCGCUCAGAUAAUUUGUAUAGUUACAGAGCGUACAUAGAGACUAUUUUAAAUUACAGCCCUCAAGCGUUGUCGUCGCAGUUUACGGCUGGCCUGUUCUAUAAAGACACCGCUGGUCAUCAUCAUGAAAGAACUCUUGGGGGUAACAAUUUGGGGUUUAACAAAAGGGUUAGGGCUACAGCCCGGUCUAGGCCUGUAGAGCUUUUGGGGCCCCUUUUUGGUGAUAUAUUUAAUCAACCAAAACUCGUACUGAAUGGAUUGGACCUGAAAAUUAAACUGACCAGAAAUAAAGAUGCUUUCUGCCUGAUGUCUGCAGAUGCAGAGCAUUUUAAAGUACAGAUAUUACAAGCCGCUCUGUAUGUAAAGAGAGUUCAGGUAUCCCCGGCUGUCAGAAUAGGCCACAGUCAGGCCCUUCUAUCAGCGACCGCGAAAUACACCAUAGAUAGAGCCUGUCUCAAGGUGUACAGCAUACCGUCUGGUACAAGAAUUACGAAUCAGGAGAAUCUGUUUCUGGGGCAGCUUCCUAAAACAGUAAUAAUAGGUUUUGUUGAAAAUGAAGCCUUUAGCGGUUCAUACAAUCGUAAUCCGCUAUGCUUCCACCACUAUGAUGUGAAUCAGGCGUCGCUGUACCUGGACGGCCAGCAGAUACCCGCAAGGCCCUUUCAACCGAAUUUUGAGACGGAAUCGGCCGUCAGGGAGUACGCGUCGCUUCUCCAUAUAUCGGGAAAACAGAGAAAUGAUAGUGGAUUAGCUAUAGACAGAGAUGAAUUUAUGAACGGCUACACAUUUUUUGCAUUUGAUUUGUCACCAGAUCAAGAACCUGGUGGUCAUUUUUCGCUCAUUAAAACUGGAAAUCUUAGAGCCGAGGUGCGGUUUGCAGUGCCAACACCCCACACAGUAAAUAUGAUAGUUUACGCUAUAAAUACAAAUAUAGUGGAAAUUAAUAAUAAAAUGGAGAUAGUGUGUGACUUUUAA